CGCAUGCAUUCUCGGCAAAAUGCGAAUGCUAGUCGAAGCGAAGAUGGGACAAUGAAGUGAUGGCGGCUGCGGAUAACUCGGCGGAAUUUGUUUGCGAUUUUUCUGCUGCUGACUGUGAAUAAGGUAACCGGACGUGUCGGGACAGCAGGCUUCUUGGUCACCGCUUCCCAAUAAACGAGCACAAAUGCUGAAACAGGUGCAGAUGGGGCUUCGCGCGUUUCUCUUGCUCGCCUCCAAAAUAUGGACCUGCAUCUGCUUCUUGUUCAAGAAACAGGUUCGCGCGGUUGCAAAGCACCAGCCCGUCAAGUACGAACUUUUCCCGCUGUCUCCGCUUUCAAGACACAGACUCAGCAUUGUCCGCAGGAAGGUGCUGGUGCUGGACUUGGACGAGACCCUGAUACACUCGCACCACGAUGGAGUCGUCAGACAGACAGUCAAGCCAGGCACUCCACCCGACUUUGUCCUCAAAGUAGUCAUUGAUAGACACCCUGUCCGUUUCUUUGUGCACAAAAGGCCCCACGUUGACUUCUUCCUCGACAUUGUUUCCCAAUGGUAUGAGUUGGUCGUAUUCACGGCCAGUAUGGAAAUUUACGGAGCAGCUGUGGCUGAUAAACUGGACAACUCGCGCGGCAUCCUACAAAGACGCUACUACCGCCAGCACUGCACGCCCGAGUUGGGCAGCUACACCAAGAAUCUUUCUGCCAUCUGCUCAGAUCUCAGCUCCAUUUUCAUACUUGACAACUCACCCGGAGCGUACCGUUCCUAUCCAGACAAUGCGAUUCCCAUCCGUUCGUGGUUCAGUGACCCAUCAGACACGGCACUGCUCAACCUGCUUCCAGUGCUUGACGCCCUGAGGUUCACCCAAGAUGUGCGAAGUGUCCUCAGCAGAAAUCUGCACAUCCAUAGACAGUGGUAGCGCACACAGAUGCAGAGCGUAAGAAGGAGAGUUGGAGAUGUUGAGGAUCCUCAACCAGCAGCGCUGCCGAGUCAUAACUUGCAAGAGACUGUGCUGAGUGUGUGAUUUGGGGAGAUAAAAACGCUACAGACUCCUCCAACUUUGAUGAAAUGUGAUGAUCCUCAUCAAGAUAAAAGAACGAAACCUACUUGUACACAAAAGACAUUACUAUUCAGAGCACAACUUUGAGCUAAAAUUAUAAUGUUCACAUGAGAGAAAAAAGAUGAGCUGAGAUGCAGUUAGCAAGAUAAAUUUAUUCCCCAGUUUUUUCUCCAGGGUUUGAGGAAGUGAGAAAGUAAAAUAGCGGAAUAACAUCCCUGAUGUUAGUUUUCUUGCUCUUUUUAUAAAAGAUAUUAGAAUUUUAACUAAUACUAGCGGGUAAGUGUGACUGUACAUACCUAAUUCUAAAAGUUGUAUCAUAAGUCUCUCGUAAUUUCAUUUUUGAAUGCAUUGUUGGCCAUGAGUUAUUUGUUGACCAACUCUAGGGACUGUUUCGAAUUUUAACUUUUUUGUUUAGCAGCGGCAACAAACAAGUCUCUGCUCACCAAACGAACAACCAACCAACCAACUGCACUUUGAAGCAAUAUUAUGCUAGCAGAUGUUGCUCUGCCUGUGCAAGUACAAAUUAUUAUUUUUUCAUUUAGAAUGAUUGCAAUCGUAGUAUGAGUCUUGCCAUUUGUCCCAAAUGCGUGUUUGCGUAUAACGUAUGUUAAUUAUUUUUCAUUUUCAUUGCUACUGUAGCGUAUGAAAGCGUCUUCUAAGAUUUUGUUUUUUAAGAGUUGAUCUCUUCCAAACAAAGGUUAGUUGUACAAAUUGCAGAUCCGGAAAGAAGUGUUUGUUGCCUUAUGCUAUUAGAAUGAUCACUCACAAUGUCAGACGCUCAUGCAUCUUGAGCGGUUUCUUUUGAGAACAAAAAUGCUAGUCUCUUCACUUUCAAUUUCCAACUCGCAUUUCCUGCUCAGUGUUGAGGGAAUUAAAGCAGUACAUUCAACUCUUACCAACUCGGAAUAUUCGCAAGGUUAUGUUGUGGGGUACGUAAAAUGUGGUUCAAGUAAUUUUACUGUUACGUGUCUCGAAAUUGGUGUCUAGGAACCUCUAAAUCAUGUAACCCCCUGAAGUGUCACCGACCUUAUCAAAAUAAAACUAAUCACAGCUAAACAAUAA